GCAGUGACACAUCAAUAGUGCUAACCAAUCAGGCUGCAGCUCCAACCCCAACUUACACCCACUCUUCAUAGCUCCUCUAUACCUCCCUCCCUUCACUUCCUCCCUUUUCUCCUUUCACUACCUCUCCCAUCACCGCUCUGCCCCUCUAUUAGGUUUCAGGCACCACUUCCUCCUGAACUGAACAACACGCACCAAACAGAAGAUUGGACAAAAAAAAAAAAAACGCAGACUGGCUCUCCUGGUCCGUCUGUGUUUCAUCCCAUCGUUUUGUUACCUUAGUGCAUCCGCCCCCAACAUCACUGCAGAUCUAUUCAUAGCUCCUUGUGUCUAAUUUCAGCAUCCAGCCCACUUUUUUUUUUUUUUUUUACUCAAUUUCUCACAGUUUUUGCUCAAUUCACUCAUCCAGAAAAGCACAGCUGUGUCACACAGUCGUUACAGAGUUACAACCAUCCGUCUCGCACCCACUUCAUACUGAGUCCCUCAUUUGUUCAUCUCGUCUUUUUCCUGUGAUCUCUGCUGCUCCUCGUCUCUGGCCAGUAUGUGGUCCAACUUCUUUGUGCAGCAGGAAGAGGAGGGCCGCAUGGGAGUCGCAGGGGGCGGUCACGGCGGGGGUCUGGCCGGAAUGAAGGGUUUUAGAGGAGGACAAAGAAGGACCAAUAAGAUGAGUGACACCCAGGAGGGUAAGAUCAAGCUGGUCUUUUUUGUGGCGAUCGUUGGGGUGACCCUGACGGUGCUGGGCAUGGGAACAGAGUUCUGGGUAGAGCUGGCCCAGCCAAAGAAUUACAGCGGCAACCAGACGUGCCAGAUGGCCCAUUACGGCCUGUGGAAGGGCUGCAUCCGCACACUGUCGGUGGCCGACAUCGACCCGGAGAGGACGAGCUGCGGCCCUGUUGAACGACCUGGAGGAAUGAUGCCUGGAAGGACAGAGUGCAUGGAUGCGUAUAGUAGGCACAUCAGAGGAGACCAGCAGCCAUCCAGAGGAAUGUGGGCAAUCCAACUGCACCUACUUCAAGUUCUUCACCUCUGGGGAGAACGCAGUCAUAUUCAAGAAGACGACAAACAGAAUUUUCUAAGUUUAUGGCAGGCUAGAUACAGACAACUCAUAACUAGUGUUGGAUUUGAACCUAGCAGCAGCCAUUUUGGCUCUUUUGAGCCUGACCAUGAUGGUGAUGGGCUCCAUCUGCAUUGCCAUGUCGCUCAACAAAGGCGUGCCGUUCUUUCUCAAACCAGCAUCCUUCUGUUUCAUCCUAUCAGGUGUUCUGGUUCUCCUGUCGGUGCUGAUUUUCCACCAGUCUGUACUGGCUUUGCUGUCCAGUGACCACUCCAUACCUCUUCACCACAAGCUGUCCUGGUCUGUCGCCUGUGUCUGCUCAGCCGGGGCCAUCCUCAUUAUUGGAGGUGUCCUGUUCAUCUUCCUUGCUCUCCCUUUUAGUCCCUGGCAAAAAUGCUUUCCACACAAGGAUAGCACCACCUAGCCCUUAAAAUAUGAAUACUGCAAACAAUAUCCUCAGUAUGUUUUUUGAGGAAGCAAACACCAAAUUCCAACAGCUGUGACUUUAAGCUUGCAUUUGGUAUGUAACUUGUCAUAAAAGACACACUAGGUCUUAACUGAAUUUGAAAAGAGGAAUGAAUGACACAUAAAAAAGUCUAGGCCUCUAGACUUAGGAUUUUACAAUAAUCUUUGUUAUGUCAGUAAUGUGUAGCGAUAAAGAUGAAACGACUCUUUUAGAAUUAAAGCCGAAUCACAAAUAAACCAAUAUGUCUUUGCAUGCCAAAAGCUGUAAAACUGCAAAUAAAUAUUCUAUUUUUACUAAUAUGCUUUUCUGUUUGCUUUGUUUUGAGGUUUGCUUAUAUUUAUCACCGCUGUUAUAAUUACAAAAACAUAAUGUAAACCAUAGAUCUAAAAGACAAAAUUAUGGAGUUAUGCUAGUUCAUGACAAUCAUAACUUUUCUGAGAUUUUCAAGACAUUCGCUGUGAUGUAAAAUGACAAAAUCAGUUGCCAUUGUUGUACAUGUUGAUCUUUGGAGCUCGUACAGACUUUUCCCCGAGAUUCACCAGGGACAAAGUUUGACACAAACAAACUGAACAAAACAUUAUCACAUGUUUUGCUAAAUGUAAUAAACAAUGCAAUUUCUGCUGAUAUAUAAAUUAAGAACUUCCACAUUUCUUCCUACUUAAAAGACCAAUAAUUACUUAGAUUGAAGGUUAAAACAUUGUAACUGCUGUUUGAAGGAACCUGGCACAUUUCAAACCUCAGAUAUUUCGUUCAGUGAUUCUGACUUUAAGAGAAAUAUCAUGGUGAGACUUUAAGUGCUGCCUAAGGCCUUCAGAAAGAUUGUAGCAGCUUAUGAAUCUGAUAAGGGGUUCAAAGAAGUCUCAAAAUAAUGUGAAAUCAGCCAGCUGUCUUUAAAACUGCAAGUGGACAACAUUCAUGUUCACCUCAAGAGCAGACCACAAGAUUUAAAAAUAUGUUUCUAAAAACCCUAAAAUGUGAUUAAAGGACCUCCAGCAGGCUAUCGUUUUUGUUGACAUGAAAAUGCAUGUUUCUGUGAUUAGAAAGAGACGACAAUAGACGACAAAAAUAGAGUACAUGUUUGGCAUAAACUAUUUAAAAAAAAAUCUGAGUUUUUAAGUCUCAAAGUCUUGGGAUCCUUUGCUGCAGCAGGAGUUGACGUCUCACUUGCAAAGAAUGAAUGACUGGUCAAUUCGUACAAGUUUGAUAGUACAUUUUUAAACUAUGAUUUGUGUGUAAAACUACUGUCAUGCAUUGUUCUGAUAAGUACCCAAAUUAUAUGAGUUUUAUAAGGAUUUAAGUGUCGUCAGUCAUCAUAGUGUAUAAAUCUUCGGCCUCUCUGCCUUUCCACUUCUAUUUGCAAGAUGUUAGAUCAACAUUUGCCAAAAUAUGAAUUGAACAUUCAAUUAUUAUCUUACAACUUUAUGUAUUUAGUUUCUUCAAAGUCAAGAGUUUACAUACAAUUCCUUAAUGACUGCUAGCACUUCCUUUUAAUAGCAAGACCUGGGUCAAAUAUCUGGAUUUUACUUCGGCAAGCUCUUCACAAUGGUUUGCCGGACCGUUGUUCUAUUGUUCCUGACAGAACAGAUGCAGUCUGUCUGGAUCACACACACCUUUUCAGGUCUGCCCACAAGUUUUCUGUGGUGCUGGUGAUUGCCACUACAAAGUAUUAACUUUGUCAUUCUUAAGACAGCAUAACUAACUUGGCUGUGUGCUUUGGGUCUUUUUUCUUAUAUCCAGUUGUGCCUAAGGUUUUACUUCCUGGAUGACGUCCUAAUAAGUUGUUGAAAUAUCUCCAUGUAGUGUUAUUUUCUCAUGAUCCCAUCUAGUUUGUGACAGGCACAAUUUCCUCCUGCAGCAAAAUACCAGCACAAAAAUAAACUGCCAUUCCCAUACUUCAACAGUUGGGAUGAUUUUUUUGAGACUUGCAAAUUUCCUAAUUUUUUUCCCAAAAUAAAAAUGGUCAUUAUGGUCAAACACUCCAGUUUUAGCUUUAUCACAAAUUAAAACAUGUAUCUAGAAAAUGUGUAUUUGUACCUGUGAGCAUUUGAAACUGUCAUUGGGUUUGUGUGGUUUUUCACAGUAGUGGCGUCUCCCAUGAGACCUUUGAGUGCAUGUCGGUUCACGACUGGUGUUUUGAGUUAAACACCUUCUGUAUGCAGAAGAAUAACUUUCUGAAUGGGUUUGCGUAACACAUCAAACUGAAUGGUGUCCCGUCUUCUGUUUGUAUUUUAUGAUUGUUCAGCGAUUCUCUUAAUGAAUGCAUCACUUCAUUUGCCAUGUUAAUGAAAUGUUUUGCUUCUUUUUAUCCUGAGAAGCAGCUACUAUCACUUUCUUAAAUAUGACAGGGCACUUUGUUUACUGUUGUCAUGUAUGUAGCAUCUGUUUUGGUAAUAAUUAAAACAAUAUCACAUGAA